CCGGAACCACAGUUAAGGAGCGGCUGUUCCGCACGGGCUGCAUUCCUUUGGGCUCCAUUCCCACGCAUUUGGUGCGGCAGGCAAAGCGUCCCCCAGCUGCCGGGCUGAGAGGCUCUGUCGUCGAGCAUGGGGGCCGAGGCGAUGGUGCGGACUCUGCUCUACACUGUCAACUCCCUGCUGCAGCAGCGCAGAUACCAGGCCGCCCUGGCGGUACUCAAGGGCUUCCGGAACGGCGCAGUUUAUGGAGCAAAAAUCCGUGCCCCCCAUGCAUUGGUAAUGACAUUUCUCUUCAGGAAUGGAAGUUUACAGGAGAAAUUGAAAGCCAUUUUUUGGGCCACCUAUACUCAUUCAAGAAACUUGGCAUACUUUGUAUUCACAUACAAGGGCCUGAUGGCCUUACAGUUGCGGAUGCAGGGGAAAAAGAUUCCAGUUCACUCCUUUCUUGCAGCCUGUGUUGGGGGCUGGUUAGUGUUUGGGGAAAACAAUAAUAUUAACAGUCAGAUAAACAUGUACCUGUUGUCUCGCAUCCUGUUUGGCUUGUCUCGGUUGGCAGUGGAGAAAGGUUACAUCCCAGAGCCAAAACGUGACCCCUUCCCACUCUUUGGUGCCCUGGUUUGGGGGAUUGUUCUCUGGCUCUUUGAGUAUCACCGACACACUCUACAACCGUCAUUGCAAUCCUCCAUGACCUACCUGUAUGAUGACAGUAAUGUCUGGCAUGAUGUUUCUGACUUUCUUGUGUAUAACAAAAGACCUGCUGUGAAAUAGUCUUGAAAGAUUUUUGCACAAUGGCGCAUUCCAGUAGCAGUGCUUAUAGGUUUUUUAAAUCUGUACACACUUCUGAAAGUUUACUAUGGUUAGCAUUGAAUGUGAACCUCUACUUGAGCCUGGCCAUAGCGUUUUGUGUAAGCUGCUGGUUUCUGUUGGUUAGAGCUUGAAAGGAGGUCAUUGCAAAUGACAUGUUUUAGUGAAGUGUUUCUUUGUUUUGCAAGAGAUCUCAUUUUCUUUUCUAAAAUAAGAUUGUAGUAUUUUUUAUGGAUGGCAAAACAAGUUCUUCAGUGCACUAGGCCAAAAUCCAAAACCUCCUUUCAUUUUCUGAAGUAAUAACUAUGGAACUACUUAGAAGAUGGAAAAACAAACUAUUAACAGUUUCUCUGAAAACUUGAAAAAAUAUUAAAUCUUAGCUAAUAUUAUGUUGAAAUGCCAGUUGAUGAAACUAACUCUCUGGUUACUUAUAUACUAAACCCUUUAUUCCUUCCUCAAUUAGCAAUAGAAAAAAAUAAGACAGUUCUCUCUAUGAUAGAUCGUACUAUAUAAAGCUCAAGUUUUGGAUUUUUGUGUAUAAACAUGGCACUUGGAAACUUACAAUUUAUCUUCUUUGCAUAUUUUCUAUUAUCUUUUAAUUAUACAUAGCAAUCUCUAAAGGUACAUUUUAAAAAAUAGCUUAAUUUCUUUUAAAAGAUAAGCUACAGAGGUUGGAGUUGCUAAUGAUAGAUACAUCCAGCACUAUGGUAGGUUUUUAAAGGUAUAAUCAACAUGGUAUAGAAAAGCCAGGGAUUUAUUGGUUAUAUGCACAUGAUUAAUUUUCAGGUACCUUCCUCAAGGUUUAAAAGUCUGAAAGGACUAUAGGGGUGGUGGCAAAUGAAUUAUCUAUUUUGUUGUGAUGUUCUUCAUUAUUUGGUGUGUGUGGGUAUUAAUGCCAGAAUAGUUUUAUUUACUGUAGCUGUCACCUGACAAUAAUAUACAGUUACAACUGUUCGUAAUUUUGGAAAAUUAUACGGUGGUGCUGGUACAUCUUUGAUCAAAAUACAGUUAAUUAGCAAUCUGCUGUCCUAGAAGCAAAUGUUCUAAGUGGAUCAUUAGGCUGGUUCUGUCAUCAUACUGCCUUUAUCAGAAUGUUUAUAUGUAGAGAAAGUUAGCAAAUGAUUAAGAAUUACCCAUAUUAUUAGUCCAAUAAGUGAAAGCAUAGUCCCAUUGCUUGGUUUGGCUAGAGCAGGUUUUCUUGCUUGUGGGAACAGGAUAAUGUGGGGAGAAAAGUACUGUGCUGCUUUGUUUUUUAGGACAGUAUGAAAGGUAGCUUGAGGAAGGAAGGGAGGGAGGAUUUUGAAAACAUUUACUCCCAUAGAAAAUUCAAAGCUUCCCAAAUAUUACUCCCAGUCUUUAUUAGGACCUCAUAUAUACUAAAUUUGAAAUGGCCCACUGUAUAAGGUACACUGUCUGACUGCAAUUCUUAUUUCAAUUUAGAGUAGUCAACAUGAGCUCAGUAGGUCUGCUGUGGAGAAAGUGUAUCCAAAAUACAGGUAUUGGUUAUGGUCCCCUUUAAAUGAGUGUAAAUGCACAUUUGUAUGUGUUGUUUUCACUGAAUUUCUACUUGUCUUUACAUGCUAAUCUUUUGGUUUGCUUUCUAAAAAAUCUCUGAGGGCCAAUAGUUUUUCUUAAUAUUACAAGAACAUCCUACUGUUGAAUACAGUAUUUGUAAUAUUUUUGCACUCUCAGCCUUCACCUGCCCUGCCGUCUGCUUGUUUGAUGUCCAUUUAUCAUCACAUAUCCUUGAGCAUCAGUCCUCAAUAGAUUAUUUGUGAAUUACUGUUUCCUAAUCAGCUGCAUUUUUACCAUCACGUAAAAUCUUUUGCAAACCACUAUAUUACUAAACUCACUUAUACAUAUAAAAGUCCAAAUUCUUCAACAUUGUCUGUCUCCAUUUGCUUUCACUGAACUCUCCCAGCCCUUUCCGAAACACAUUUUGUUUCCUCCAUCUAACAGCCCUAUUUUCUAUUGCCCACAUCCCAACAAUUGCUGAUAAUUGUUUCUGGCUAGAAACAUCGCAUGCUCUUAACAGUGCCUGCAAUAUAUUUCCUUAAUUUCCAUAUAUUUCCUGCCCUCAGUCCCCAGAAUAGUAAUACAGUACCAAGCUUUUUCUACCAAACUGUGUGAGACUCUAACUGUCUGCAAUUCACAGAGCACAAAACUGCCAUAAAACAAAUCAAACUGUGAACCCAACACAGCAGCACCCUUUACAUAUCUGUCUGUGGCAAUUAACUGUGCUUUUUACAGAUUGCUCUCCUGCUGUGUAAGGCUAGAAUGCUAUGGCUACAAAGUCAGUCAAUUUCCCAGGGAGGUAGCUGGAAUAAUCUUCAACAGCAUUUAACAUCCACCACUGUUCCUUUCGCCCAGGAGACGAGGUUGAAUCCCUUCUGCCACUAAUGUGGCUGAACAAUGCCAGUGUGUGCUGAGGAAGUGAACUAGAAGUAAUGGGUCUGUCUGAAGACCUUUGGAUAUAUAGGUUCUGUUCCUCACUCUUCCAGAUUGUAUUGUUUGGCAAGCUAAGUGUCCUGUUUGGUUUUCAUGCUAAUAAGAAAGAAACACAAACAGAAAUAAGGAGACGGUUUGACAACCCACCUCCCAAGCAGCUCAUCACAGCAAAAUUAAGUAAGGUCCAACUAUCCCCACUUGGAAGAUCAAAACAGACAUGCAUAUAAACUACAACGGUGGCUUCUCAUUGAGGGCCCAUCUCUUUUGUGUUUUGUUCAAUAUGGGAGCUUGGUUCCCAAUGCUGGGGACCUGUCCAUCCCUAUCUGUUUUGCUGAUCUUCUGCAGUGCUUGAAUAGUAGUGAUACCACAAAGAGCUGAAAUAGUCCUAGAAUAUAACUAUAUGCAGAGGUUUUGGAGUAAAGCAGGGAAUCCAAGGUGAGAAGAAUAAAACUGAAUGGCUGCAUCAGUUGAAUUGCUUAGGGAAAUAUGGCAUUGAGCCCAAAAGAGCAAAACAUUAGAACCCCUUUAUGUUCUUGUACCUAUUUUAAAGAAUCUGGAGUAUGACCAUGUGAGAGUUGAAAAUUUUGGGUUUUUGUGCAAACAGGGACUGGAAUAUUACAAGAUGGUCCAUAGUAAGGCACAUUUUCACUUCUCAGCACAACAUUUUUUAUGAAGGCUGUUUAGAAUAAGCUUCUUGGUUGGCAGACAAAUGAAAUGUUAUAUAUAAGAUUAGGUAAUUAAAUAGGACAAACAAUCUGUUAAAAGUGCCAAGAGUCUGUAAGUGCCUAUUAAUCUAUUCAUAUCCCAGUGGGAAACUACUUCUUUCUUUAUACCUUGUUGCUUUUUCACUAAAUCAACCACUGUAUAUGAUAAUAUACUUAUACUGAACUAUACCUACUGAAAUUUUACAGGGAUGAAGAAUGAAAUGUGUACAUAUGCAGUUGUAUGACAUUUAUAUGUUUCUCUUCCCAAGUAUAUGGGCAUUAGAAAUCUACCAAUUACAUCUCUCUGACAUAUAUCUUAUUUUAAAAUAAAUGUGUUAUGUUCUGUUUCUCCUGAAUUCCUGCAGAAAAGGUGUCAUAUGUGAUAUUUCAAAACAUUUAAUACAAAAACCCAAGUAGAGGCAACACUGUUGUACAAUAUUAAGUUGCUAGUCAGUAAAGCCUAACCAAGAACACAGCUGGAGGAUACAUUUUACUUGAUGUUGGAAUAGCAGAAACAAAUUAUGUACUAAACAUCUUUUCAUUGUAAUUGUUAUCUUGUAGGGAAGGUCAAUAUGCAUCUUAUAGAUUCUUGUAAGAGUCCGGAGAAUUCCAGUUUUCAUUCUGGAUAGAUGUGUCUACUUCUUAUUGCUAUAAAUUUUACUGGCAUGGAAAACACUAAAGGACUGGGAACAAAAAGGUGAUUAAGAAAAUGUAAACACAUUUUUCCUUGAGUUCUUCAUUUGUAUAUCAGAAUUCAGCAAUGUUGAUUUAUGUUUUUCAUACUCAAAAAAUAAUUAUUGUAGACUAAGCAUUUUCUCCAAUUGUAACAUAUCUGUCAACUGUAAUUUGGCAUCUGCCAUAUUCAUUAAAAUGAUAUGCAAAUUAUGGAGAGUGAUUAAAUAUGCAUAUUAGCUGCAGCUGUCCAGCUGACUGUAUACUAGUGGGGUCUUUCACAAUGACCAAGUUGCCUGUCUCUAUUCUCAAUGAUUGAUAUUGCUAAUUAAACAGAUUUUAAUUAGGUACAUAUUUCUAACAAUCUUGAAAAGAAAUUAUAAGCAACUAAUAUAUUCCUACUGCCAUUUGGUAUCCCAUUUUACAAUAGAAAUUAGACAGUUGUGAUCGCCAGUUAAAGCUCGCAAGGGAUGUAGGUAUCUUGCUGCUCAGUGCCGUUGCAUAUAUUGGGAACAACUGGGCACUUAAAAGACAUUGUGAACAGAAGUGCUGAAGUUUAUUAAGAAAAAAACAUUUUAGUAGCAAUAGAAUAUAGAGUUGGAAGAGACCACAUGGGCCACCCAGUCCAACCCCUGCCAUGCAGGAAAGUAACAUUCGGUACCCUUGAUAGAUGGCCAUCCAGCCUCUAUUUAAAAACCUCCAAGGAAGGAGCUUCCAUCACACUUCAAGGCAGAGAGUUCCACUGUUGAACAGCUCUUAUGGUCAGGAAGUUCUUCCUAACAUUCCUUUAAUUUGAACCCAUUGCUCUGAGUCCAGUCUCCAGGACAGCAGAAAACAAGCCUGCUCCCUCUUCCUUAUGAUAUCUUUUCAAAUAUUUAAACAUUGCUAUCAUGUCUCCUCAACAUUUCUUCUGUCAUUUUGAAUUUUGCCAUUCAUAAAGCUGAGACAACUUAUAUACUUGUGUUAGCUAUGAAAAUAGUGGAACUUAACUCAUAUCCUGAAGCAUAAUGACAUCUCCCACAUUACAACUUUCAUGAAACAUGCACCAAUGAGCCAUGUUAUGCAUUAGUUUGUAUUGUAACUCUUCAGCUUGUUCACAACUCAGUAGUGUAUGUGAGAAGCCAUAAGAUCGACCUCAUGUGUCUAUUUACAAAGAAGGUGAAAAAAUAGGAUGUGUACACUUCAGACAUUGUAAUUCUGAUAUGUAUCUUACAAAUGCAUCUGUGAAACAGACCACAAUCUCUUCAAAAUUUCUUAGUUUGGGCCAAGCUAGAUGUAUGCAUUUUUAUAUCUUGCUUUUGGCUUUUUCUUCUCAAAGGGAGCUGUAAUGCUGAGCAAAGAGUGAUGAAAAUGCUUAACUCUUUUCUCUGCCUGUUACCUUGAUUUUCUUUUAACAACCAUGGACCCUGAAUUGCUUCCAACAAGGAAAGUAGGUAUCCCUCUUCAGUGAAUAGACAUACCUUGGGCAGCUCUGUUCUCAUUAAAACAAUACAACAAUUCCAAGUUCACCUAUUUCUUUGAACAGUGACAGAUAAAUACAAGUAAAGUGGCAUUAAAAUUGAAAAUGAGCUAAUUUUAAUAUUUUUAAAUGUUUUCAAUUUGGCUUUUAUUUUGGUUAGAUAAUCUGGUUAAUUAUAUUGUGGUCUCAGAUACAUGUUUAUAAUCAUGUUUGUAAUCACCUUGUAUCAUAAAUAAAAUACAAAUAAACACAUAAUCUAGAUUUAAGUGGACACCAGUGAGCUAGUAGAAGCAGGUUUGCCCUUCUUCUCAUCAGUUCUUCCAGCCCUCUGAAAUGCUACAUGAAGGCAUGUCAGCAGCUUCUAAGGGUUUGAAUAUUUCAGGGAAAUAGCAUAUAGGUGAAUUGGGAUACUAUCUCCUUGUUAAUUAAUGUGAUCAUUACUGUUUUAUUAUUUUUUUAGAAAUAAAGUUUUGAACAACAAAAGCAAAGGCAGUUAAGUUUUGAGGAAGCUAAACAGAAGUAUCUUACAAGGAGUGACUUGGUUUAUGGGAAUGCCACUCACACCAUUAAUUUACUACUACAAUCAUCACAAGAAGAAGGUACAUUAUAAUGUUAUGUAAGAUUAAAAUACAGAUUAAAGUUUGCAUUAAGA